AUGCCUAAAGUCGAUGUAGUCACUACGUUUCUUCUUCGUCGACAGUAUUAUGCCCAAGUAUCUUCAGACCGUAUCGCCCAAAUUCUCGGAGGCUUGGUUGGGUUAGAACAAAUUAUUUACGAACUACCAGAAAGAGCAGGUAACGACACUGAAACUUACAAGGAGAAACGUCGUUGGCUUCUUUCCGAUUACAACCUUCCGCAAACACUCAAGCGACUGACCAUUUUCGAAGACCCUUCUCACCGUAACUCCCGUAUGGAUUUGAACGAAAUGGGUACUGCGAAUAAUCAUGACAUUACUAUGACCUUGUUUAGAGAGAGUCGAAAUCUGGAGCACUUGUCUGCAUCUUUCAUAGUGGAUGCUAAGGACUUCUUUCAACCAUUCUGGCCGUCAACCCUACCUCCUUAUAAAAACUGGAGCUGGGAUAAACUAAAAACUAUAGUUCUCACAUCAGAACUUCUAAAUCCGUAUCAACCAUUAGAAGAGGUUAACGACUUACUUUAUGCCGCGGGUAUCGCCGCGAGAAAUAUGCCUGCUCUCCGAGUGAUGGAGAUUUGGAAUGGAUUCAGAACAACCCACGGUUGCUUUUUUCGUUACUAUGAUGAUGGAAGCACUAGCAUUAUUACGUGGCGGGGUACUUGGGAACUUGAUUUAGAGCCAAGGGUUAUGCAGUGUUGGACUAAGACGGUGCAUGAGAAUACCUAUCAUCACAACGUUGGAUUCCGCGAUAUGGAAUUGCCAAUAGAUGGUACAAGCUUUCCCGCUUCUAUUCUUCGCCAUCUUAAGCUAAAAGACCAAAUUGUACAUCCGAUGUCGUUUUACCAGCUUCAACUUUCAAGGGGGGCGAGAAGACAUAAGAAGUCAGUUUACUACUCGAGAUAG